UUUCUCCUCACAGGUCGCGCAGUCUCCCGCGCGGGCUCGUCUCCACAGGGGCUUGUCGACACGAUGGCUGCGGAAUCCACAGCCGCCGCCGCCGACGCGGAGCUGGUCUCAGCCGACCAAAUUGAAGAAGAAACUCCUGCUCCGUCGACCUCAACAGAAAAAAUCGAGAGUCUGGAUGUGGAUAGUGAAGCAAAGAAACUGCUGGGUUUAGGACAGAAACAUCUGGUAAUGGGGGAUAUUCCAGGAGCUGUCAAUGCAUUCCAGGAAGCAGCUAGUCUUUUAGGUAAGAAGUAUGGAGAAACGGCUAAUGAAUGUGGUGAAGCCUUCUUUUUCUAUGGAAAAUCACUUUUGGAGUUGGCAAGAAUGGAGAAUGGUGUGUUGGGAAAUGCCCUGGAAGGUGUGCAGGUGGAAGAGGAGGAAGGAGACAAAGCAGAAGAUGAAUCUCUGGUAGAAAAUAAUGAUAACGUAGAUGAGGAAGCAAGGGAAGAGUUGAGAGAACAGGUUUUUGACGCCCUGAAAGAAAAUGAAGCAAAAAAACUAGAAGACAAGACUCUAGUAAAGCCUGAAAUUGAUAAAGAACAGAAGACCGAAAUGGAGAAGUGUGAAAGAGAAGAAAUGGAAGUAAAUGAGCCUUCAGAGGAACUACUAGGAAAAUUGGAAUCAACUCCAGAUCAGUUAAAUCAAACCAUUGAAGAGGCAAAAGGAACAUCAUCAGGAGGAUUGAAGAUGGCUGACAUCACUUCUGUGAAGUCAGAACUGGAAGUACCCAAAGCUGAAGAGGGAAAACCACUAUCUGGUACUGAUGUUCAAGAAGAAUACAUUGUAAAAGGAGUUCAGGAAAAGCAGGCAGAAGUACUUGUAAGCACAGAGGAGCAGCCAAAAGAAGCCUCAAAAGAGCAGCCUGUUGGGAAUUUAGAAAAGGAGGGCAUUACAGUGGAGGUAGAAACAAAGUCUGUAGAUAGAACAGUUGAUGUGGGUUGUGAUGAGUUAAAUGUACCGGUAACAACUUCUGAAAAUGAGCCAGAAAAGGUUGUUUUUGAACAGAUGCUCCAGCAAGAAGCAACUGCUGAAGAGUCACCAGAAGUGAUGAUAGAAGCUCCAGGAGUUGAAUCAGAAAUGGUUGAGAAGCCGGGGCAGGAAACCAUAGUUCUCCCUGAGGAUUGUAUAGUUAAUGGAGAUCAGACUGUUCUGGAGUCAGAUAUUUCUGCUGGAGUUACAGAAACAAAGAAUGGUACAGGAUUAGAGGAGGUCAGGGCAGAAAUAGUUUCUAGCCAGGAAACUAAGUUGUCUGUAGAAGAAACUGAGGCAGCUGGAGAUGGGGUUGAGACAAAGUUAGCACAAGGGGCUACUGAGAAAUCCCCUGAAGACAAAGUUAAGCUAGCUGCUAAUGAAGAGACAGAAGAAAGAGAAGAACAGAUGAAAGAGGGUGAAGAAACUGAAGGCUCAGAAGAAGACGACAAAGAAAAUGACAAGGCUAAAGAAAUACCAGCUGAUUCAGUUCUUGAAAACAAGUCUCUUCAUGAAAACGAAGAGGAGGAGAUCGGGAACCUAGAACUUGCCUGGGAUAUGUUGGACUUAGCAAAGAUCAUUUUUAAAAGGCAAGAAACAAAAGAAGCUCAGCUUUAUGCUGCACAGGCUCAUCUUAAGCUUGGAGAAGUUAGUGUUGAAUCUGAGAAUUAUGUCCAAGCUGUGGAAGAAUUUCAGGCUUGCCUAAACUUACAAGAGCAGUACCUUGAAGCCCAUGAUCGUCUUCUUGCUGAGACUCACUAUCAGCUGGGCUUGGCGUAUGGAUAUAACUCUCAGUAUGAUGAAGCAGUUGCACAAUUCAGCAAAUCCAUUGAAGUUAUUGAGAAGAGAAUGGCUGUACUAAGUGAGCAGAUAAAGGAGGCGGGAGGAUCCUCUACUGAAUGUGAGAAAGAAAUCGAGGAACUAAAGGAACUGCUGCCUGAAAUUAGAGAGAAGAUAGAAGAUGCGAAGGAGUCCCAGCGUAGUGGGAAUGUAGCUGAAUUGGCUCUAAAAGCAACUUUGGUGGAGAGCUCUACUUCAGGUUUCACUCCUUGUGGAGGAGACGCUUCAGUUUCCAUGAUUGCCAGUAGAAAACCAACAGAUGGUGCUUCCUCAUCAAACUGUGUGACUGAUAUUUCCCACCUUGUCAGAAAGAAGCGGAAACCAGAGGAAGAAAGUCCCCGGAAAGAUGAUGCAAAGAAAGCCAAACAAGAGCCAGAGGUGAAUGGAGGCAGUACAGAUGCUGUUUCUAGUGGAAAUGAAGUUUUAGGAAACGUGCAGGAACAGACUGAGAAUCAGGCUGAAAGUCGGACAGCAGUGGAGGGGAACGUGGAGGCCGGAACUACAGUCGAAAGUACUGCAUGUUAAGAAAGAGGACUUAACAGCUUUCCUCCUGAGGGAAAAUGUUUUUUGUAUAUAAUGUAUUUUUUCACUUUGGGGGAAUUUUUUUUUUUUGUAUGACUUCAAUAAAGAUUGUAAGCAAA